AUGGCGCAACCGCCGCCUCUGCGCAGGCGCGACCGCAACUCCCGCCUCGACGACGACUACUACUACCACCCUUCACCCACUCGCGGCGACGGUAUCAACGGCGGCGACCCCUACGGCCCUCCUCCCCGCCGCCACAAGUCGGAGCGCCGCGGCCGCCCCGUCCCCGACUUUGGGCCCGAUGACGCCUUUAGCCCGCCGCGGCGCAGUCGCCGCAAUCGAUCGCCCGACCCCUACGAAUUCAAGAAGCCCGCGGCCGGCGGCAGUGGUGGCAGCAGACGCCCGCGCAGCCCGCCUCCAUACUACGCCUCUGAGCCUGAGCGGCCGAGGAGGGAGUCGCGCAGGGAGCGCCCGCCUCCGCCGUUUGAGCGCGAUGCGGCUGCCUUUCCGCCGGAUCCCCGCGCGGAGAGGGACCGCCCGUCGAGGCGGCGCAGAGAUGGCCCCGUGAGCCCUCCGCGGGGCCGCCGUGGGAGAGAGUCCCCGCCGCCGUACAUGGACUCGCGGCAUCGCGGGGCUCCUCGCGACGGCCCCCCGCCUGCUAUGUACGGCGCCGGGGCGGGGGCCGCUGCGGGGGCUGCAGCCGGUGCCGGCGCCGGAGGUCGACACGGAAGCCCCGACGCCCGCCCGAGACGACGACACAUAUCGCCAGAGCCGAGGCCGCGCGGGCGCGACGCACACCCGCCCCGAGGAUACAGCCCCGACCACGACCCCCGUCGGCGUCCGCGCUCCCAAGCCAAGCCCACCGCUCGAGGCGCCGCCUCACCACCACCCUUGGCCACCCGCGGACGCACGGCCACAGCAGCACCCGCUGGAGGGGCCGCCGCCGCCGCCGGAGCAGUGCCAAAGCCCGCGCGGCGCAACUCCAUGCCUGCCUCCUUCAUGAAGAAGGGCGCCGCCCUGUGGGCCAACCCGCUGAUCCAGGCCGGCGCCCGGACGGCCUUCACCGCGGGCGCGCAGGCCGCCAUGAAGAGCCGCAACGACCCGAGCCCCUGGCUGGGGGCCAAGGGCGCCAAGGUGGCGACGGCGGCGCUGGGUGCCGCCCUGGUCGACGGCUUCAUGGGCCAGAAGCAUCCGGGCAGUGCGCGCCAGGGCAUGAUGCGCUCCGGCGUCGAGGCCGUGCUGGGCGAGGCGGAGAGGCGGUCCUCGGGCGACAAGCACCACUCUAGCAGUGGAGAUAAGCACCGCUCCAGCGGCAGGAGCAGCCGAAGGAGGGAUUAG